UUGUCUUGUGAUCUAGACUUCCUGGCUAUUUCAUGUCAACUCAGAGGCGUUGUCUUCUAUCACCUUAGUGUUGCCCAUGCAUUGACAUCUUGUUUAUGGAGUUCACAACAGAACAAGUCACUCGAACUUAAACGGUCGAAGAACCACGAUGACUGACUUGGCACUGAGACUGGUGAUGGUGUUAUUGUACAGUCUGGUAUCCAGUGACACAACAAGAUGCAGAAAUAAUCUGAAAUUGAAAUCAGAGAGUGAGUAUGUAAACCUUCACGAUCAUAUAAUUGUUUCUUGUCCUGUGCCUCGUGAGCAUCGAGGCACUCGAGUCUGCUGGGUGAAGGACAAUGGGGACCAAUCCGCUUCCAGAUGUACUCAAUGCAUUGGUGUUGGCUUGCCAGGAAAUAGUGUGAAGGAAGAGAAGGAGUCCAAUAAUCAUGUCAGUGGUGGCAUGCUUCUCAUAUUCACCAACAUCACUAUGGCAUCUCAUAAUACAUCAUACGACUGUCUUGUACGGAUGCCUCCAAACUGCGUGUCUAUCAAACAUAUUCGAAUUUUUGUCCGAUCUCCAUGGUCUAGUCCAAAGGUGUUGCCUCUGACAACAGUGUUGAGGGGAUACCAACCCGCAUACACAAGAGCUGAUGCUGACAACUACUAUUUUCAUCUGACAAACAGUACUCAACUCAUGGUACAAGUCAAGUGUGGAGUCAUAAUGAACACAUUCGAGCCUUAUAUCUUACAGUGGGUUCACGUCACAGGUAAUCAUAAGACUCGACAGUGUCACUACAAGGGCAACGAUACGCCACCGCAUAGACCCUUCACAGAUGAACCACAAGCUUGGUCAAGGUCAACCGAAAAAUGGCUGAAUCUCUAUGUGCCUGUUCAGAGUAUGAAGGCAAGUCAACAGUACGAGUGCUAUGUGACUUCGUAUUCUUUCUAUGGAGAAGAAGAUGUUCUGGUUAGAAGGGUCCAAGUGGGAUUAUAAGCGAGUAAGGUGAUACACAAGUACACUUGCAUACAUGUUGUAAGACUCACACAUACACUCUUAUAUUUAAUAGUACAGAACACUAAGUUUAGAUUGUUUCAGUAACUUUUAAAGAAAUACAUAUCACUGCUGACACGUUCAUUAUUAUCUUUCUAUUAUCACGUAUUAUGCUGUUGUUGUACUGUAUAUCUAUCGUUUGAUUCAUCAUUGAUAGUGUCGGUCAGCUAUAAUUUAAUUAAUUAAUUAUUAGUUUUUAUGUUAUAAAUGGCCUAA